AUGUCGUUGGCGGGGGAAUUAUGCUGGUUGUGCCGAGGGGAUUUGUUGGCAAUGGGCUGGGUGAAAGCAGACGAGGAGGCCGCGCGUGUGUAUGAGGAAUUCGUCGAAUCGUUCAAAACAGAGGAUGAACCAGCGAAGCGGGGAGGCACGGGAUUCGUGCGCGGCGGCACGGUGCUGCCCGGCAGUAAGCCCACCGAAGCGCCGAUCGGUCUGUCCAGCAAAAAGUCCACCAAGUACGUGCCGUCCUUCCUUCCCCCUUCCGCCCUGGAUGCUCCCCCUAAACCCAAGGCCUUUGACGACGCCGACGAGUCUGUGUUCCAAGCGCCAGCGAAGAAAACGGAGAAGGACAAGCCGCGUAACAUUGAUAAGAUGUUGGAGCAGCUUAAACGCGAACAGGAACUUCGAGAGCUCAAGGCACAACAGGGAAGCGACGCUCCAUCCGAUUCAUUGAUUGGUGGAUUAGGUGGUGGCAACGGCCUCGGCGGCGGCGGCGGUAUGGGAGCUGGCCCCGGUGCCGUCGCGGCGGGGGGUCUCGGCGGCAUAGCAGCGGCCGCCGCCGCUGCCGCCGCCGGCUUUGGCGCUGCAGGCGCGGGCUUCCGCGGCCCCAUGAUGGGCGCGGGCCCCGGGGCCGGCGGGUCCUUCGACCACGGCGAUCCCUUUACCACGAACCUUUACGUGGGCAAUUUGGCGCCGGAGGUGGAUGAGGAGGUGCUUAAGAUUGAGUUUGGUCGCUUUGGCGCUAUUGCCAGUGUGAAGGUCAUGUGGCCACGAGACGAGGAGCAGCGGCGCAAGGGCCGCAACUGCGGCUUUGUGGCCUUCAUGCGCCGUGACGACGCCGAGACCGCCAUGCGGAAGCUCAACGGCAUUACCCUGCACGGUAACGAGCUACACAUUGGGUGGGGCAAGGCCAUCCCGCUGCCCGCCAUCCCCAUCUACGACCCGCGGGAGGGUGCCGUGGUGUCCGCCAUCCCCGCAGCUGCCACCCGGCCCGCGCACCUGCUGCCCGACCUGGUCAUCCCCAAGAAGGCCUACAACGACGACAUCAACUUGCACAGGGGCACCGGUUCCGACAUAGAGAUCAAGGUGCCCGAAGAUGCCCGUCUGCGGUUCAUUAUCGACACGCUGGCGUUGUACGUCCUGCAGGACGGCUGCGCGCUGGAGCAGGCGGUGAUGGAGGCAGAGCAGAAGAACUUUGACUUUGCGUUCUUAUUCGACCUCAAGUCCUCUGAACAUAUGUAUUAUCGCUGGCGCCUGCACUCGCUAUCAGAGGGCGACACGCUGCGCACCUGGCGUAUCGAGCCCUACGUGAUGGUGCACGGCGGGCAGCGCUGGGUGCCGCCCCCCAUGACCACCCUGGCCGAGCCGGUGGUGGUGGACGACCGCACGGCGGCGCAGAAAGGCGGACCCGAUGGGGGCGCCGACGGCCGGCCACGCGAACGAGAGCGGCAGCUCACCGACAGCGAGCGGGACCGGUUCGAGGACAUGUUGCGAUUCCUCACGGUGGAGCGUUCGGAUAUUUGCGAAGCCAUGAUGUUCUGUCUGGCCUCUGCGGAUGCGUGUGGUGAGCUGGUGGACAUCCUGGCGGAGUCCCUCAGCCUGGCGGAGACUGCGGUGCCGCUUAAGAUUGCCAGGCUCUUCCUGCUGUCGGACCUGUUGCACAACGCCACGGCGCCUGUGCGGAACGCAUCCAGGUACAGAGCCAAGUUGCAGGCGGUCCUGCCGGACAUCUUUGAAAGCCUCAAUGAAACAUAUCGGAACGCGGAGGGCCGCAUGCUACAGGAGGCCCUUCGCCGCCACGUGCUGCGUGUGCUGCGGUGCUGGCGUGAGCGUUACAUCUUCACCGAUGACUACUUGAACGGCCUGCAGGCCACGUUUUUGCAGACCGCCACCAGCGCCGCCGCCGCGCUGGCGGACAACCCCACAAUGCGUGCUGAGCUGGAGGCCACUGCGGAUGAGGAGCUGGACCGCAGGGCCAAGCUCAAUGGGCUGUCAACUCGGGGGGGCAAGGAGGCCAUGAUCCACCGCUUCCUCAUUCUGGACCACUACCUGCACGCCGACUCGCGGCCGCUGUUUGAUCCCAGCCGCCAGGCCGCAGGCGCGGCGUCCGGCAGCGUCGCAGCAUCCGGCGCUGGGGACCCUUUUGCCCCGCCGCUGCCACCCCCUCCGCAGCUGCAACAGGUCUCGGUAUCCAUCAAGCAGGAGGAUCUAGGCGCCGGCGCAGGCCCUGACCCUGGUUUCGGCGCUCCGUCCGCUGUACCCGCGCCUGCCAUACCCCAGUCCCGUUGGACGACUGUGGACGAGGAGGAGGAGCGCCAAAACGCACCACAAAUUCCUAUCAGCAAGUGGCUGCUUCAGGAGCAGGAGGCGGAUGCGCGGCUUGCAGCGCUACAGCAGCAGCUUAAAGAGCUGGAUGGGGACGGCGGGGGACCAGGGGGAGGUCCCGGCAGCUUAGGCGGGUCCGGUGUUGGGCCCGGUGCUGGGGGGAAAGGCGCCGGCGGCGGCGACGACGACGAUAAGAUCUUCAGUGAUGAUGAUGACGACGGCGGAGGAGGUGGAGGGGCAGCUGCGGCUCGCUCCGACCCCGCCGCUGACGCCGCGGCGGCAGCCGCGGAGGAGGAGCGCCGGCGGCGGCUCCGAGAGGUGGAGCUGGCGGUAGCACGGCUGGAGGCGGAGCUUGAGGAAGAGGGCCUGAGCAAGGAAGAGAUGGCCUCCCGUCUAGCAGCGAAGCGGGCAGAGCUUGUGGGCGAGCUGGACAAGGAGCAGGCGGCAAAGACUGCGGUCUUGGACAAGUGGCGCAGCCGCCGGGGUUCAGCCGCCGCUGCGGACGUGGGUCCGGCGUCCAGCUCUCAUGGCCAGUCCGAGCCGGGCAGCAGCGGCCGGGACCGUGAAAGGGAGCGAGACCGGGAUCGUAGCGACCGAAGCGACCGAAGAGACCGGGACCGAGAGAAGAAGGACCGGGAAAAGGACAAGGAGCGAGAGAAGGAGCGGCGGCGCAGCAGUCACAGCCGCAGCCGCAGUCGCGGUCGUUCAGAACGGGAGGAGAAGAGGGAGCGGGAGAAGGAGAGGCGGAGGAGCCGCAGUCGUAGCCGCAGCCGGGACCGAUCAGAGCGGGAAAAAGAGCGGGAGCGGCGAAGGAGUCGCAGCCGAAGUCGUGACCGGGAGCGGGAACGGGAGCGGAGCAGCAAGCGCAGCCGUAGCCGAAGUCGGGGACGGGAGAAGGACAAGAAGAGUCGACGGUAGUGGAGGAAUGUGGGGAUGAAGUUGGUGUGUAGAACUGGUGUGAAUGGUGCAGUGGGCGAUGACGUGGGUGAUAGGCGGCGCAUUUUGCGGUGGUGAGGUUUUGCAGGAAGCUCUGGCCCUGGACUUGGGGCGUUGCACGAUUGGGUUAUAGCUGAUAUGACCUAUGAGCUGUGGGGGGAAGGGCAGCAGCGCGGCUUACAACGGAGGUCAUGCGGGUUGCAUAUCUAAGAUCCCUUUCUGCACCUAACACCUUCCUGUCGGUGCGGACCAGCCGUGGCUUCGUGAGAAUUCGGCUCGCCGGUUGUU